CUAGGGUUUAUGAGCACCGCAUCACUAUAAAACAGUCUCUCUAAAACUCGCCGCGCCGCAGCCACCACCAGCACCCCGAGUCCCGGAGAGAAGCAGAUCGGCGGCGCGUCACUCCAACUUCCGGUAAGUUAAAUGGCGACGGUUCCUGAUUCUCUGAUCUGGGAGAUCGUGAGGAAGAAUAACUCCUUCCUGGUCAAGCAGUUUGGCAAUGGCAAUGCCAAGGUUCAGUUCAGCAAGGAGCCCAACAACCUCUACAAUGUCCACUCCUACAAGCACUCUGGCCUUGCCAACAAGAAGACUGUGACUGUGCAACCGGCCAUUGGCAAGGAGAUGGCGGUGGUCCUCUCGACAACCAAGACAAAGAAGCAGAACAAGCCUGCCAGCCUCUACCACAAGUCUGUCAUGCGCAAGGAAUUCCGCAAGAUGGCCAAGGCUGUCAAGAACCAGGUUGGUGACAACUACUACAGGCCUGAUCUUACCAAGCCAGCUCUUGCAAGGCUGAGCGCAGUGUACCGCAGCCUCCAGGUUGCCAAGUCUGGUGUCAAGAAGAAGAACAGGCAGGCGAACCAAAUUCACGAGGAAUUGUUUUGAUGGGUGGUGUUUUAUGUUUCAUGGUUUCUAGAUUUGGAGUAUGAUGGAUGAUGUGCGUACCUAAGACCGACACAAAUUUUCAUUGUAGGUUCCACCUUUGUACCCAUGACAUGAUUAAGCAUAUGAAUAUCCUUUUAGUAAUUGUGGCC